GUGGCCUGCACGUCAGUAGCCGCGGAGUUUCCGUGGAGGACCAACGUGAUUGACCUUUGAUAACAAGAAAAAUAUCCAAGUUUAAAAAUGUUUCGUAUGUUGUUAUUAUUAAUAGUUGCGUUCGCAAGUGGCCAAAUAGUUCCAAGGUCGUGCAAUGAUUGCAAAUUGCUAAGCGAGUGUCCGGCAGCAGUCUACCAAGUCGCCAAGCACAAGAACACCCAAACGCAACAGCUGAUCAACAAUUCCAUUUGUUCUUCCGACUAUAACAACGGUAUCCCAAAGGUAUGCUGUUCAGCGUUCCCGGAUUCUCAGGAAGAGAUCGACAACCAUCCGAACCUGAGACUACUACCCAGUGAAUGCGGGGAGAUAGAGGGCAGCCAGAUUGUCGGAGGCGAGGUUACUAAACUGUACGAGUUCCCCUGGAUGGUACUCAUAUCUUAUCAAACACGUACAGGCAAACAGUUUCUUUGCGGGGGAAGUCUGAUAAACUCCUUGUACGUGUUAACGGCGGCUCACUGUCUCAAAGAUAAGAAGAUUGCCGGCGUCAGAAUUGGAGACCACGAUUAUUUAACGAAAGUUGAUUGCGAAAAGGACACCGACGUAUGCGAGUCUCAUUAUCAGGACAUUGGGGUUGCGGAGAAAAUCAUGUUUCCGGCAUACCAAGGGCCGCCAUUGGUGCGUCAUGAUAUUGCGCUACUUAGAUUAAAGAGACCUGCCGACCUCUCACGCAAAAACUACGGUACGAUCUGUUUGCCAACAACGGCGAGCUUGAGGGAACGCAAUCUCGACAACGAGAAGGCCGUGGUAGCGGGCUGGGGGCUGACUGAGAACGAUAGAGAGUCCUCGGUGCUGCUCAAAGUUACAGUGCCUGUACGUUCCAGUGACAACUGCAAGCAGUACUACGGGAGAAACACUAAAGAAGAUAUCACGAAGACCAUACUUUGUGCGGGAGAGCUGGGUAAAGACUCAUGCAAGGGAGAUUCCGGUGGCCCCCUGAUGGUUGCAGAGGAGGUGGAAAAUGUGUACAAGUACAUUCAGCAUGGGAUCGUCUCUCACGGGCCGACAAAAUGCGGCUCACUAUUCCCCGGAGUAUAUACCGAUGUGUCCUGGUACAUUAAAUGGAUAUUAGACACUAUCAGGCCAUAAGAAUUUAUGUUAAAUUAUUUGAUUAGUUUUAAUGCGGUAAUAAAAGUCUAGAUAAAUAUCGUUUUUUUAUAA